GCCAAAAAGUGGAGUAUUCCCAUAUUUUCCACAAUUUUGGAUAUAAAAGAGAAGCAAUUUUCUUCUCUUCUAAUCAGCAAAGUUUAUACUUAGUAACUUAUUUCUGGAUCCCUAAGUCAUUGGUUUAUAGAGCCCUAGGUGGCAUAAAUGGUUAAGCACUCCACUACUAGCCAAAAGGUUGGUGGUUCAAACCCACUCAAAAUUGCCUCAGAAAACAGGCCUGGCAAUCUGCUUCCAAAAGGUCACAGCCUUGAAAACCUAUGGAGCAGUUACACUCUGCACACGUGGAGUCACCAGGAGUCAGAAUCGGCUGGAUGGCAACUAGCAACAACAGCAAAAAAAUUCAUUUGUUUAGCCUAAUAAAUUUUAGCAGUUAUAAUAAAGCUUCUCAGCAAUUCUUUCUACAAGAGUGUUUAAGUAAUCCAGGUAGAUAAGGGGGUGAAAUGGAAUGGCUUCAUCUCUCAGUGAUUAGGGCAAAGGCUAAGGUAGUGGCUGUAAUUACCUGGCCCAGGAGAGUGUACAUCCUGUAAACUUCAGGCUAUGUGUCAGGGCUCAGCUAAAGCCCAGCAGUCCAAAGACCAGAGAGGUAGCUUUCCAUUAAGGAAAUGCUUGUAAGAAAUGUCGACCAGGCUAAAGCAAAGAUUUAGGAACAGAAAAAAAAAAGUUUGAACUGCAACACUGCAAAAUUCCGUAAAAUCAGACUUGCAGCCCUUGUUCAGCUUCUCUUUGGAGCCCAAAAACACUUCCAGUUUCUUGAGAGGCACAGGCAGUUGAAUGAGUACUAUAUUCUCUGACAAUUUCCUGAAUGAUUCCAUUCAAGAUUAUGGGACAAGGCUGUACAAUAAAGUUAUAUGUGUUUGGAUAUGUUAUGCAUGUGUGUAACUUUGUCACUUUGCUUUCCAAAACCAAAAAUCCCAUCUGCUACCACUUUAGCCCAAUGUCCACAGGAGAGUGGAAUGCAUCGUUAGGGAGGCCAAGUAAAAUGCUCCCUUCCUUCUUUGUCCUUCUCUCUUUCUUUCUCCCACGUUUUUGUUCACCAAGUUAUAGUGACUGAAAUCAUUCUUGGUGAAAAAUGCUGGACCACGCUGAAAAUUUGUGGCUGAGAGCUGGACCCUCGUCAUCACCACGCACAUUGUCACUGAGACAGGGUAACCCAUGGUUACUGAGCUCCGCUCAGCUGAGGGCCAGAGAGCCUCCCCUCCCCACUGCACUAUAAAGAGACCCAGCCAAGGGACCCUACCAGCUUCCAGCUCUCAGCCUAGCCGAAGGUGUGGGAAGGAAACCCCUAGACAUCGGGAGCAGAGCACACCAGCUGCAGAGGCAAGGCCAGCAUGUCAUCUACCUUCAAACUUCAGUGUCACUUCAUUCUGAUCUUCCUGAUGGCUCCAAGAGGGGAUAGUCGGUCCCUGGAGUUGCGGGAAGCGGCUGACUACGACCCUUUCCUGCUCUUCAGCGCCAACCUGAAGCGGGAGCUGGCGGGGGAGCAGCUGUACCGCCGCGCUCUGCGGUGCGUGGACAUGCUGAGCCUCCAGGGCCAGUUUACCUUCACCGCCAACCAGCCGCAGCUGCACUGCGCCGCCUUCUUCAUUGGCGAGCCAGAGGAGUUCAUCACUAUCCACUACGACCUGGUCUCCAUCGACUGUCAGGGCGGGGACUUCCUGAAGGUAUUUGAUGGUUGGAUUCUCAAGGGGGAGAAGUUCCCCAGUUCCCAGGAUCAUCCUCUCCCCAUGACUGAGCGGUACAUAGAUUACUGUGAGAAUGGUCUUAGCCGAAGGAGCGUCAGAUCCUCCCAGAACGUGGCCAUGAUCUUCUUUCGAGUCCAGGAACCAGGAAAUGGAUUCACAUUAACCAUAAAGACUGAUCCUAACCUCUUCCCCUGCAAUGUCAUCUCCCAGACCCCAAAUGGAAGGUUUACCCUGGUAGUCCCACAUCAGCAUCGCAACUGCAGCUUCUCCAUAAUUUAUCCCGUGGCAAUAAAAAUAUCUGAUCUCACCCUGGGACAUUUAAAUGGUCUUCAGUUAAAGAAAUCCUCAGCAGGCUGUGGCGGGGUAGGAGACUUCGUGGAGCUGCUGGGAGGAGCUGGAUUGGACCCUUCCAAGAUGAUGCCUCUGGCUGACCUCUGCUACCCCUUUCAUGGCCCUGCCCAAGUGAAAAUUGGCUGUGACAACACCGUGGUACGCAUGGUCUCUAGUGGAAAACACAUAAACCGCGUGACGUUUGAGUAUCGUCUGCUACAACCAUAUGAACUGGAAAACCCAAAUGGGAACAGUAUCAGGGAGUUCUGUUUAUCUCAUCUUUGAAUAAUCAACCGAUGCUGCUGGUUACAUGGCGAUUGCAUAUGAUUUUGAUGACCAGCUUAUUACAAGCUCAUACCAGUCAGUAUUCCCAGCAUACCACAUCCACAUGACUGUGUUAAUUUUUGUACCUUGCUUCUAUUUCAUUUGUAAUAUAUAAAUGAUCAUGUGGCAGAAAAGAAGCACCCAUUUGGUAGAAAACACUAAGAAUAGAAAUAUUUAGAAUUCUUUCGUGUGCUACAAGCCUGAACAGUAAGACAAAGACAAAGCAAUGUGCAAUAUAUUGUAUCUCAAGGGAAAAAUACCACACUGGAAGAAAAAUAGUGGCCCUCAUAUAAAUUUUAUACAGAAAAAAAUCAGUCUUGUGUGUGCUAAAGUAGUAGCAUUUGUUUUCUGUUUAUUGUUCUAGAUAAUAGUUGUGUCUAUUAUUGAUUUCUAACAAGUUGUUUUAACAAAAUUUGUAGCAUGGAGAAAAUUCUCAUUCACAAACACAAACAUAAAUAAAUGUACUCAGAACGUUGACCCCUUGAC